CAGGUCGGUACGCCGAGGAGGAAACCAUCCCCGGUUCAAUGGAGCAAAAGUAAGAGCCCCCCCGGUGUUGGAACGCGUUUACGCGUGUGUGUCUGUGUGUCUGUGUGUUUGGUGUGUGUGUGUAUGUAUGUGUGUGCGUGUAAUGGGCGAAUCGUGCUCUGUUUCUUUGGUUUGGUUUAGAAAGGGGCCGCUAGCCUGACUGUCAAGAAUAUGUGCUCAGGUUUCUCGGCCUACUGGUGCUGCUGCUGGGAUUCGCUCUCACAAACUGGGGGGAAAAGGCUUCCGGACUGGGAAAGCGCAAGGCUCUGGGUGUGAAUGGCAAGUGGGCAGAAUCGUCAUCAGUCCUCCAGAAGAGCUGAGACCCCUAAGUCUCGUCACAUGGAAAACAUUACCCAUCUUAGUCAAGGCGUCUGGCCUUUAUCCCAGCCUCCAAGUCUCACUUCCACUUAGCAGCGCAGAACAAAGGACAACCGGCUGCCAUAGAGUUCCCUGAGAAUUCUUUAGAAAUUCAGCGAAAUCUUUCUGGACCUGUGUUUCACACUCAGGAAUCCACACUUCAUGGCACUUUAAGCUAGCUCACCUGUCUCCGCUAAGAAAAACAUGGACACGGCUUCGCCUGAGACUAGGACUGACACUAGCACACGCAUGUCUCCUCCCAGUCCGGCGUUCAGUCUCGAUUCGUCCAGUCCGUUCGCAAACGGCUUGCACUUCGAGUCAAUUUUGUUUGAAGAUGAGGACGUAGGUGAGGACGCAGGCCCAAGGUCUGCACACAAAAAGCAGUGUAGCAGCUCCUUAAACGAGAUUGCUGCAUCUACAAAUUUGAAGCAAAAGCUCACCGUUCUGGAUAGACGCCACAGUGUGUCGAAAGGCAAAAGAAGGACAAAGAGCUGCAGGUCAGUGAAACGAGAUGAAAACAUAGAGGACGAGGCUGGUGGAGACAGCGAUCCAGCCUCCACAGAGCGCAUCCAUGAUGAGGGUACCACGGAGCUGAACAACCCAAAGUCAAAGCCUCUAACGCCUGUGAAGUAUCUAGAAAGUGAAGUCGUAUGGGCCAAGUUCAACCGUAGACCCUGGUGGCCAUGCCGCGUGAUCAUCAAUCCAGCGUUGGAAACGUAUCACAGAUUAAAAGAGCAAAGCGAUAACACCUGUCGUCAAUAUUACAUCAAGACACUCGGAGAACCCGAGGAACUGGCCUGGGUCACUGAGAAAGCUUUGCAUAAAUUUCUUGGUGAAUAUCAGUUUUACAAUCUCCCUGGUCCAAAGAGAGGGGUCCCUAAGCGGUUUCAAAACUCAUGGAGUUGUAGUGUAGCCGAGGCUGAGGCGCAUUUCCUGGAUAAGCCCGGGAUACCCGUUAUCACGUCUAAAUUCACAGAAAACAGGCAAUUCGAUGAAGAAACAAAAGAUCAAGAAGAUAAAGUACCUAACCCUGAGGUGCUCCUGGGAAUCCCUGGGAAUGGUUGCCAAGCCAACGGGAAGAUUUCACACAAAGACCCGAACUUUUUAAUGAAGUCUAAAUGCAAAAGGAAGCAAAGAAAAAGCUCAGCACUGUUUUUUACAAAGUAUGACGAGUUCCUCUGUGAAAAUACAGAGUUAGAAGAAGUGGUGGAUAGUCCCUAUUCUGAUAUCGACUCUGUCCCGCAAAUCCGCCGAUGUCCUAAAGGCAAUGGCCGACCUGCUACUAAUGAUCAGCCUGUAAGACAGGUCACAAACCAACAUGAUAAAGAAGCAAAGAAAAGUAUUGAAGUCCAAGGUGGACUGUGGUUCAGCAAAGUUGGAAAAGGACAAACCAGUGGAGUGUUUAGUCGUGCGGGAAUAAAAUCGGUGAACUGCUCAUUCGGGAAGGUAUCAUGUAAGAUCAAGAUACCAGAGUCGACAAGUAUGAAGUCCAGAGACAACCAAGUCACGGGGCCUGAGCAGCAAUGUGUAGAAAGCAAGAAAACCCUCGACAAUAGAGUUGCAAGUCUCCCAGCCAGCAGUCGAUUGAUGACUAGAGCGCUAAAAGCAAUGGAAGACGCUCAGCUCGAGCAGACGUCUAGCCGAGAUCUCAAGGAAACUCAGCCGAGUGCUGAUGCAUGUGUUAAAAAAUCUGUGUGCAGUGAAAAGACAAAAGUCAAAUCAAGCCGCCAGAAAAGUUCAACAAGUUUAGAUUUGAAACCGGACUUAAAAUCUGGUUGCGUUUCCAAGGUGUCUGGAGAUCCGUCUGAUUUAAAAGAGCAAGACGUUGCGGUGAAAUCAGAGGACGAAUCUUGUUCAAUAUCUUUCAAUUGUACUGAUUCCAACCUGAAACAAGAGAAUCAGGUGUCUGAGGCGUCAACGUUUUCCACGCCAUCUCCAUCUUCAUUUCGUGUAAAUAUACAAGACGGCGAAGACCUGAAAGAAAUAACCUUUAAGUCACUGGAAAAUGAAAAAAAUGGAAAGUCAGCACCGUUUCAUCCAGACGCGAACUAUAAAUACAGCACCUUCCUGAUGUUGUUAAAAGAUAUACAUGAUAGUCGAGAGAAAGACGGCCAACCCUUGGUCAUGGAACCUUUACCAGCAAAAAAGCUCAUUAAAGAAGAGCCGCCCCUGAUUUCUGAAAAACAUCCCAUAAAAAACAGCUUCAGUCGUGUUAAAGGCGAUCGUAACGGCUGUGUCUCUGGAAAGUAUGGCCAGAGCAAAACGUCUAGUUUUAAGUCCAAACAAAAUAAAACAAAUGCAAAGUUUGGCCCAGAUAUGAGGGAGCACAAUGGUUGUGUUGUUCAGCAAUUCCAGAGUUUUUCUCCUGUACCAAAAUCUGCUAAAAAAACAAGCAAAAAAAGUCAACCUGUUGUAAAGAAGAGCCUUACCAUCCCCUUCGUGCCUUCCGAUUUGUCAGCGAAUGCGUGUAGCAGGAACUCAGAAAAUACACCAAGCACGGGGUGCAGACUGCUCAACAAGGACUCAGAGAAAAGUUUUUUUGGCAGCGUACCUAAAAAACGCUGGCAGAGGUUUGACCCGGACAAGGACAAGACGCCGAAAGCAGAGAUCAGAAGUGACCCAAGACCAGGGCAACCGGAAAUGCCGCCUGUAGAGCAGAAAAGCGUCUUGGAGCCUGGUGCUGAGAAAACCAGUUUAACAUCAUCAGGAUCAACAUCAGCAUCCGACAUACCAGAGAUAAACACAGCCAGUAUAACUCCAAGUACCUGUCAGGCUUCCGGUUUCCCAACAGAGAGCAAACGUAUCCGAAAGCCUAGCAAAAGACUCAUUGAGUGGACAGAGGACAACGAUCACACGUUCAGGAUAAAGAAGAAACCCAGGAAGCAACCUGAAUCUUUGCAGAAGGUUAUUAGAAACAGUUCCGUUAGUAACGCCGAGAAAUCUUCAGGCAUCCAUCAACAUCAAGGAGGGAUACAACCUGCGCCGAACCCCUUACCGGAAAUUCAGACCCCUCCCCCUGAAGAGAGGUCGAAGACUCCUCCUAUGUUGGAAAAUACUCCAUGUCAAGAAAGUCAGGCUGUAGUUCUGGCUGUAGACACUCUAACCCCGCCUCCAGAGACGGAAACCUCGCUGUACGGGGAGAACUGUUUUAAAGAACAGAUUCUGGUUCAGAAUUCUUCCACUACUGGUGAUGGCGUCUGUUUAAGCACAAAGAGGCAAAGGAAGCCCACCAAGAAAAUCCUAGAAAGUUCGAUCGAAGCUGAGCCGAUUCCGACGCCUAAGAAGAAGGUGAAAUCUCAGAGGAACAGUUCUUCAGGACAUUCUGCCCAUCAAGGAAUUGGUCAAUCAAAAAGUAAGAGCAAGCAGCCUGCUGUAAUCACUGCUGAAGAAAACCUCGCAGUUUCGGCGAGUACCGAGAGGGAGGUGGAUAGCACCACGCCCACGAACCCUGACACACUUAACAAUGAGACGACCAAGGACGGCAAAUACGCUCUGGAAUCUGAGAUAUUUGACCCCACCGACGACGGAGAGGCGAAGAACGAAUCCGCUGACAACAGACUCUCGGCGGAGAAAGGGAGCGGCGUGUUGCUGAAAGACAGCGUUUGUCAGGUUUGUGAGAAACAUGGAGAGCUGCUUCUUUGUGAAGGCCAAUGCUGCAGCACCUUCCACCCACAGUGUGUCGGAUUGACCGAGGCUCCACCCGGGAAGUUUCUGUGUCAGCAUUGCACUUCUGGCACCCACGAAUGUUUCAUGUGUAAGAAGGUGGGAGACGACGUGAGGCGCUGCAUGGUCCCCGCCUGCGGGAAGUUCUACCACGGAGAGUGCAUCGCUAGCCACGCCCUCACGGUGCCUUUGAACCGAGGCUUCCGCUGCUCCCUUCAUGCUUGCCUGGCCUGCUUCAUCACCAACCAGAGCAACCCUUCGGUUUUUAAAGGUCGACUGAUCCACUGCGUAAGAUGCCCCAUUGCCUACCAUGCCAGUGAUUACUGCAUCCCUGCCGGCAGCAUCAUCCUGUCCACUAACACCAUCCUCUGUCCCAACCACUUCACGCCACGAAAGGGCUGCCGCAAUCACGAGCAUGUCAACGUCAGCUGGUGCUUCGUUUGCUCAGAAGGAGGUAGCCUGCUUUGCUGCGAGUCCUGUCCCGCGGCUUUUCACCGCGAGUGUCUGAACAUCGACAUGCCCGAGGGGAGCUGGUUCUGCAACGACUGUCGAGCCGGGAAGAAACCACACUACAGAGAAGUGGUCUGGGUGAAAGUGGGUCGCUACAGAUGGUGGCCUGCAGAAGUCAGCAACCCUAAAGACAUUCCUGAAAAUAUCCUGCGAAUGAGGCACGACGUCGGCGAGUUUCCCGUCCUUUUCUUCGGUUCCAACGACUACCUGUGGACCUACCAGGCUCGGGUCUUUCCGUACAUGGAAGGAGACGCCAACAGUAAAGAAAAGAUGGGAAAAGGGGUCGACUCCGUUUAUAGGAAAGCUUUGGACGAGGCUGCUGAAAGAUUCCGAGAACUGCAGGCAGAGAAGGAACUCCGGCAGCUCCAGGAGGACAGGAGAAAUGACAAGAAGCCUCCUCCGUACAAGCACAUCAAGGUGAACCGACCGAUCGGCAAAGUGCAGAUCAUUACAGCCGACCUGUCCGAGAUCCCACGCUGCAACUGCAAAGCGACGGACGAGAACCCCUGCGGCAUUGACUCGGAGUGCAUCAACCGCAUGCUGCUCUACGAAUGCCACCCUCAGGUCUGCCCGGCGGAGGAAAAGUGUCAAAAUCAGGGCUUCACCAAGCGGCAGUACUCGCAGGUGGAAAUCUUCAGGACGUUGUCUCGAGGCUGGGGUCUGCGCUGCUGUCACGACAUCAAGAAGGGUGCAUUUGUAAGCGAGUAUGUCGGGGAGGUAAUUGACGAGGAAGAAUGCCGAGCUCGGAUCAAGCGGGCGCAGGAGAACGACAUCGGGAAUUUCUACCUGCUCACGCUGGACAAGGACCGUAUAAUUGAUGCUGGACCCAAAGGAAACCAGGCCCGGUUCAUGAACCAUAGCUGCCAGCCGAACUGCGAGACCCAGAAAUGGACGGUAAACGGAGACACCCGGGUUGGACUUUUUGCACUGGUGGACAUCGCUGCUGGCACUGAGCUGACGUUCAACUAUAACCUUGAGUGUCUGGGCAACGGGAAGACUGUGUGUAAAUGCGGUGCACCGAACUGCAGUGGCUUCCUAGGUGUAAGACCAAAGAAUAACCCUCCUGCUGAUGACAAAGGCCGCAAACUGAAGAGGAAAGCUCACGCAAAGCGCAAGUCACAGCAAGAGCUGACCAAGGAGCGAGAAGACGAGUGUUUCAGCUGUGGAGACGGUGGCCAGAUGGUUUCCUGUAAGAGACCUGGAUGUCCAAAGGUUUAUCACGCAGACUGUCUGAACCUGACCAAGAGACCUGCAGGGCGCUGGGAGUGUCCGUGGCACCAGUGUGACCUGUGUGGUCAGGAGUCCGCCUCGUUCUGCGAGAUGUGCCCCAGCUCCUACUGCGGGGAGCACCGUGACGGCAUGCUCUUCAUCUCCAAGCUGGACGGCCGUCUGUCCUGCAGCGAGCACGACCCCUGCGGACCCGAGCCGCUAGAACCGGGCGAGAUCCGUGAAUACAUCCCGGAACACGCCAGCGCCUACCCAGUCAAGGCUUUCCCGCAUUAUCAAAACCCUUCCUGUGAAACCGGGCCGAUCGACCCUGUGUGUCAAUCGUCCGACGCUUUGCUGAUAUCCUCCAGCCCUCCACGCAGUCCUUCGCUCGCGAUCGCGUUUAACAGCGCAUACUCGCCUGUAUCCUCCUAUGAGGAGGAGGAAAACUCGGUGGACCUGGAAGAGGAUGUGGAAGAGGACGGCGUGAGAAUUCUAGAGGACGCAGAAGAACACACUGGGUCAGAAACACGGUAUAAAAGGGGUCUGAAAGUCACACUGACUGUAUAAAGAGGACUAGAACUGUGCACGGGAUUUCUUCUUCAAUACAGAAAUGUGGGAAUCAGCCGUAGUGCAAAAGAGCAAUCGGAAUUCCACGCCGCUUGCUGGGAAAUGGAUAAUCAAUCCUGGUGGAGUUAGUCAAUUCUUUCUUCUUUUUUUAGAUUUCAAUCUUUGCACAGUUUUCAGAAUUUACAAGUGCAAAGCGUAAAAACGUGACACUUUAAAAAACUAGUUAUUUGGUUUGUUUGGAAUGGCGCCUGAAAGUUCAUGCGAUCCCAAGAACUGAGUAAGAAAUGUGCUUUUGUUCCUCGUGUUAAAGUUUUUGCACUCACCACUUUUUUGUUAGUUUUUUUUGUUUUUGUAAAAUCCCUAGCUGGCUAGCGCAGAGCGAAAUAUAGUCCCGUUUCCUGUUUACCUGACUACAGUCGCUGUCCCGUAAUCGAGCAAAAGCGUAGUCUGCACUUAACACUCGACAAAGGAAAUCUCAAAGAUAUUCCGAUUAUUUUUUUAAAAUCCUCCCCGACGCGUAGAAUUAUUAUUAUUUAUUUCCAUUUUAAAGAUGAAUAAUUUAAUUUGGUUUUAAGUGAUGUAGAAAAGCCUCGUUUUGGUUUUGCACAUUAUGACUCUGCUGCUCAAUUGUAACACCGAGGCAUGAAAAAGAUUCUUAAAGAUAGACCUAAGCAGGAUAUGGAUAAGGACACGCUAAUGAUGCCUUAUAAACGCGCACUUGUACCGAAACGCACAGACGCCAAUCACAAGCCGCGUUAUGAGCGGUCAGUUUUAACAUGUUAUUUAAACCUCGUCUUAUCUCGCGAAAAGUUACACAUUAUUUUGUAACUGGGGCGGCCAUUUGGAACUCCUGAGAGAAAGUUGGUGCUCAUUUUUUUUUAAGAAAAGUCAACCCUGAAACCCAUUAAAACCCAUUUAUACUGAAUAAUUUGCGUUGUCUUUAGUAAACGUUGUGUUUUUUAACCAGAUAUUAGCGUUUAUCUUGGAAGGAUCUGGACGUGCUGGUAGAAACGCUCGCAUCCCAGAAUGCAAAGCAGCACUGGUCCACUACUCGGCGAACUAUAGUACAUGGUGGUAUUAGCAUAAAAAUUUAUAUUUUAGAACCGUAUCUGUGUGAGCCGAAUAAACGCACUAAAAUACUAAAGCACUGCUGCAUCGCGGACAGCAGCAUGGAACCACCAGAGGGCGCCCGGUACAAUAUUAACACACCUGUAUUGCGAUUCUCUAAGUAUCACAAUCAAUAUUAUAAUUGUUUUUUAGGUUUUGUUUAAAUUAAAAUCACAAAUAAUCCGCUCCUGCCACACAGAAUUAGUGAAUAGUUCAGAGAGCACCACCUGUAGGAAGAUAGUGGAAUUGCAACACUUUAAAUUGCAAUCAUAUAAAUUAAAAUUGAAAUAAAAAAAAAAGGAAUUACAAAGGAAUCGUGAUACGUACCAGGACCAAUUUCCCCCGUUUUUAGUCAGCAGGUAGUUGAACUGCAUUGUGGGUAAGGUAGAAACCAGCUAACCAAAAAGUCAACUGUAGAAUUUCUUAGCAAAACAAAUGCAGAAUGCCGUCGAAGUUCGUCAUGGACCAAGAUUCAUCAGCAUGUUGUUCAGGGUGGAUUUUUUUUUCCCAUUUAUGUUUUUUUUUUUUUCUUAACAUCAUUCACAAGGUCUAAACACUUCUAUUGUAUUCUGAAGUAUAAAAGAGUAUUUAGUAAUGACAUCUGACAGAGAGAACUACGGCUGAGUGGAUGUUCUUCACGAGGGAGCCCUGGGCUUCUUUUUAAUGCUGAAAUGAAUUGUAUAAGUCACUUGCUGGCCACUUUAUUAGGAACACCAUGCAUACACCCCAUGUUGCAUUGCACUUAACUUGCGGAGGACAUUAACGAGUUGUCGGCUGCACGUUCAUCACCCAGGUGCUCUUUUGGUACUUCUAUUAAAGUACCCUGAACUCAUGAACUCGUGGCUGAGACGGAUUUUGUGAUCAUCUGUAUGUUUGGCCAUCAUAAGAUCGGUAAAUUGUGGCCAUAAAGGAAUGGACCGGACUUACACAGGUUGUUGCAUUUGACUGGGAUUAAAAAAAAAAAAGAAUUGACUGUGUACUAAAAGAUUACACUACCACGAGGAACCUGACCCGGCAGGUUGGAUCCAAGGAUUUAACUCUUAACCUGUAUCAGGAUGAUUCUAUGCCUCGUCCGUCUGACCCCCAAAACAAGCAAGGAUGCAGGUGUUCCUAAUAAAGUGGCCGUUUAAGGAUAGGAGAAUAUUCCUAAUAUUCCACAGUUAACUUGUCUUCUAGCACCCACCGUUGAAUGUUUUUUUUUUUUGUUUUGUUUUUUUGUGGUCGAACACAUGAGGUGCUUGGAUUCAGUCUCUGCUGUUAAAACCUUUUAUUUUAAUGGGAAAUCAUAUUUAUGCAAUGGUGCUUGUGUAGUUUUGCACUGGAGGCUAAUGGACCACCAGCUAGCCUCGCACUAAAUCCCACAAGAAAAAUGAAAAUCGAAAAACCUCUACAGUAUGUAGCUUCAAGCAGCGAUUAAGGGGGCCAAGCACUUUCUAUCCUAACACCACUGAACACCGGAGGAAGACCGGACAAUCAGGCUUUACUCCCAAGUAGAUAUCAAAACAUCAAUACGUUGCAUUGAUAUUACGUCACCUACUGUUUCACAAAGACGUGUUCGGCUUAUACUUUACUUUAAAGAAUUACAGUAAAUGCAGAAUAACUUUAACGGCUGAAUGUUUAAACGAUAAUUCGACUAUUUAUGUGGUUGAGGCAAUUUGUUAAACGUCACCCCUCCUGAGAAAAAUAAUGUUAGAUGUAUGGCAAAAUUUGUAAAAUCGUCAUGAAUGUUUCCAAAAAGUCUACCUAGUCAUGUGACUAGGGCUCAUUAUAAUAUCUGAGGAAGAAACAGUACACACUUAAAUCUGCAUAAAUUAUUUUUUUAGAAACAUUUUUUUUUUUGCAUUGACGCAAGUCCUGCACAGUUUGAAACAGAAAUACAACUUUUAUAUGUUUGCGUCAUUUUUAUUUUGGACCUUUAAAAUCCCCCAAAGUUAUCUAUGUCUAUGAUUUCAUGUAUGCAGCAAAAUUUUAGAGGAUCAAAAAAAAAAACGUUUAAGAUAAGAUAAUACAUCUUUAAAUGCCUCAACAUUAACAUUAUUAAGUGGUUAAUGACACUUGCAGUGUGUCUCAGCGUGGGUGAGAGUAGGUCUGUACGGUCCGCAGUACUGAGGAGAGAGCAGCUGCCUGACUAAACCCACAUUCACACCCAGUUACAGAAGCACUUUCAGUAAGAACACACAUCUGAUAACGUUAUGGCGUCUUAAACAACACGCCGUCUCUGCACUAAUCACUUCUGAGUUGUUUCCGAAUCGCCUCUAAACCGUCAGUGUUCUUUUAUUUAUGGCUACAAAGUUGACUAGCAUCUAACCCAAGGCUGAAUCCCAAAUCCAUCUCUAACCCCUGACUUCUAGGUUUGUGAACAUAAGAGCUUUCCAUUUGGGAUUCGACCCUGGAACCCAGAACGUGAUGGAGCUGAUAUCUUAAAGGACUGUGCACCUCCUCCAUGGUUUAUUCUCCUCACCUCUUGCCUACAGAGUUCCGAUAAGAGUUUAAAACUCUUCACAUUUGAGGUUCACAUUUGAGGUCGUGCUGUUGUACUGAAUAUCAGCACGGCUGUGAUAUCUUCAGUACUCAGGCUGCGCCCUCGUGCCUAUUCAGAACAACAGCGCGACCUCGGCUGCGAUAUCGCUUAAUUAUAUGAAAGAAUUGCGUUUCAAAAUCCCAAAGUGUUGAUUGGAGCCACCUAGUGGGCCAUAAGUGUACUUCAGGUGGGAGAGAUCAUUCAUAACAAAUAAUUUUUUUACGUUUUUAAUUAUAAAUUUUGUAAUUAGGUUUUAAAUACCCAUAACAUAAUUCCGAUAAAGGAUCAAGCAGUGACCAGAACUAACAAAACCAAAAUCCUUGGGUUUAAAAGUAAUAUUCUUCAUUUAUUUCCGUCCUGUGUGUUGGGAUUAAAGGCCUGAGUGAGAAGAUUUUCACAUUUCAAAUCAGGCCACGGUCUUGUUAUGUUCGGGAACGGCUGCUUUACAUGGUAUUCAGUGCUUGGCCUCCGUUAGUACUCUUCAAAAUGAUUCGUCUUUCUGCCUUCUGUGGUUUAUUUAAUUGUUACUCGAGUAGAAAACUAGCAUUUUAAUCUCAGCUGCUUGAUCACGCCAUGAUUCGUUCUGCUGUUUCGUUAUACGUAUAGUUUACUAGACCUGACCAUGAUCAGGUGCUCAAGUAUUUGAACUCCAGUGCUAAUGGAAAAGUAGUAGAUUUAACACCAGACAUGACUUGAUUAAAGACUGUAUAUUAGA